AUGUAUUCAAUAUUUUUGAAAGUUCCUGUAGGAGCGUUGAAAUCCUUCAAUAACACAUCAAGAGGAACAAUACUUCCAUUAGUAAGAAACAUUUACAAUCAACAAGGGCUUGGUGCAUCAAGGUCUGAAUGUAAGACACAUACCCAUGAAGAUCAAAUUAAGAAAAAUAAAUUAUUAUUAUUUUCUUUAUUAUUUGGAGUCAGUACUUUUACAAUUUAUAAAACAUGGUCACAAUAUAAUAUUUUUCCAUCAAUAAUAGCUGCUGAACAAGUAGCAGAGCCUGAGAGUGAAUCAGAAAGUGAGAUGGAGACGAGGAAAAAGAGAUUUAGGAAAGAGAAAAUAGGUUUUAGAGACAGAAAGAUUAUUGAAUAUGAAAAUAGAAUGAGGUCCUACUCAACGCCUGACAAAAUAUUUCGAUAUUUUGCAACUGUUAAACUUACAUAUGGUGAUAACACAGAAGUUUAUAUGACACCUGACGACUUCCUGAGAGCUAUAACUCCUGGAAUGAAACAACCUGAUGCUCAACAUCAUGAUCAACAUGAGGUCUUCAUGACGCCGGAUGAUUUUCUACGCUCUAUGACGCCUGGAGUUAAACAACCAGAUGGUUUGGGCCUUGAUCAAUACAGAAGAUAUGAUCCAAAGACAAUAAGCCAACGUUUGAACUUGGACCUUGAUGAAGAUUCUAUAUUUUACAAGCUUGGGUCCUCUGGAUUGAUCACGUUUAGUGACUACAUUUUCCUGUUGACCGUGCUUUCAAGUAAGUUUUCUUUAUCAAACGCAUUUCAGCAUCACAUUUAA